AUGGAAUGUAAUGUCAGUCAAACAUUGGAAUUUAAUGGGGGAAAAUAUUAUUUUCCAUUCAAGUGUAAAACUUGGGGAUGUAAAAGCAAAGUGUUUACUCCCAUACUAAAUUAUGAUGAUGAAAAUAAAAAAGAAUUUGCUGAUUGGCAAAUUAUUAAGCUUCAAGAAGUAUGGGAUGGUUAUGGGGAUGCUGUUGUUCUUCCAAUGACUAUUGAUUGCGAAUUACGUGGCCAUUUUGUGGAUGUUGCCAAACCAGGUGACUUUGUUUCUGUCACUGGUAAACUAGAUGUUCAUGAAAUUCCAGUCAAUGAAAAGACAAAGGGUUCUAUGAUGCAUAAUCUUUAUAUUGACGUUAUUGACAUUGAGAAAAUCUUGAUUUUUGAUAACUUUUCACGUGACUGUCGCGAAAACCUUACGAACCCUGAGGAUAAUUAUUUUUCGUUGGAUGAUUUUUUCAAAAUAAAAUAUCUCAUUGACUUCCAAUCAGAUGACCUUUUCAAGAAAAUUGUUAAUUCAUUCUGUCCGAAUGUUUAUGGUCAUGAGAUUGUUAAAGCUAUAUUUGGUGGAAAUGAUAAUAGCGUAGUUAAUGUCUUAAUUGUUGGCGAUCCGGGGACGGAUAAAACUGACCUUCUAGAUGCUGCAAACAAAGUAGCUCCACAUACUGUAUUUACACCAAUAACCCAAGCCGGUUCUCCGGUAAUGCCGUUAUUGCAUUAUGAUAGACGAUCUGGAGACUUAAUUCUUGAAGCUGGGUCUUUUAUAUUAAGCAAUACGGGUAUUUGUCGAAUUGAUGAUUUUGAAAAGAUAGAAAAUCCUAAUGCUCUUGCGGAAGCAAUGUCUAGACAGAUUAUCACCAAAGCUAAAUAUUUAUCAGAGAAUCUUAAAAUUGGAAAUGAUCUUUUAUCAAAUUUUGAUCUCUUCUUUUUAUUGUUGGAUGUUCCAGAUGAAGAGAUGGAUCAUUAUCUCUCUGAACGCGUUCAUUCAGGUGUUCACCCCGAAGACAAAUUUGAUAAAUCACAGAGAUACGUUCCUUCAAUUAGCGACAUAAACAGAAGUCAUUUUGUUGGUAUCCUACCAUUAUCUAAACGGUUAAAAAUUGGCACAGGGGAUAAGAACGUGCUACCUAUACCACUUUUACAAAAAUACAUUGCAUACGCACGUAAAUAUGUUUAUCCACGUCUUUCACAAGAAGCACGUGAAAUGAUCAAAAUAUUCUUUGGGAAUAUGGGACAUAAAUAUCAAUUUGUGGAUGGAACACCGAUAACAAUACGACAAUUAGAAACAAUGAUUCUAUUAUCGCAAGCCAGGGCCCGAAUGGAAUUGAGAGAUGUCGUAAUUAGUAAAGAUGUUGAAGAUGUUGCGGAAAUAAUAAUUCAAAGAGAUGAAUUUGGAAAUAUACGAUCUAAAACAAGAACAAAAACUGCUAUGAGAUCCGGGAAGCAAACAGAUGUAAAGAGAUUUUUAAAUGAGCUUCAAAGGCUUGGAAAUGUAAAAGGAAGCUACGUAUUUACUAUUCAAGAAAUGCAACAAAUUGCCAUAGAUUCAAAUGUUCGAUAUGAUAAUUUUCAAUCUUUUAUCGAUUUAUUGAAUAAUCAAAAUUUGAUUUUAAAGAAAGGGCCAGGAACUUUUCAGUUGAGACC